CUACAUUCCCGUGCGUCGGGACCUAAGGGACUUCUACGACAAGUUAAAUUUCUUCGUGGAAAAUGACCACUGGGCGGUGUGUUUUAUUAUCUUGUUCUACAAAAAUUUCAUGUUGAUACUUUCACUCUAAGCUGUACAUAGCCCAGGGUAAUACAUUCGCUUUCGAAAACAAAGCUUUUUCAGAAAACCAGGAAUGCAAAGCUUUCAAGCUUCUUUUUAUCCAGCCACUAUCUUCUCUAUCCCGUUGUAUAAAGCUUGUCGGUGCCGAAUUCUUUUGAAAUAAAAGAAAAGAACGUGUGCAAUUUUUGUUUUACCGUACCAUGCCAGCCUAUAAAAGACAAAGAUCUAACUUUACGAAAAUAGCAUGGCAAAUUCACGUACAAUCAGCACAAUAUACAAAUUCAUGAUCGCAAAUGGGGCACGACAGUAGUAUUGUGCUUUUCCCCCGGGCGAACUUGCGGUAGGUGACUCUCUGUGGGAAUCACCACGCCAGAAGCAAGUUCGGCCCCUGAUUUGUCUGUAGAGUUCCCAGAGAAGCCAACUCCGGGGCGUGGGGGCCGUGCUGCUGAGAUGGGGAUUAGAGGCGAGCUUAGUUGUUUUGGACACCGACGCUAUAUGUCAUUCUUUUCCUAGUCAUCAAGAUCACCUUUUCACGACGACAAAGGAGUAGCAUAAGGACUCGCAAAAGACGCAAAAUUCAUCUUCUAAGUUUCUGGCGUAUUUAGGAGCGACCUUUUCUUUGUCACGAACUAAAAAUGACAAGUGAUCUCGCACACCACCCUGCUCCAGGCACUAUCUUUGGAAGUUUCAACAGUAUGUCAUCAGCAUUAUUAAAUUGUUACCUUUUUUGUAGGCCUUUACUUUCGCCUUGUCUAGCCACUAGCUUCGUAGAUAUACUUGCUACCACCAUUGUUCUCUACGCCAUGUUUUUUGUAAAGCAAGGCAAGUGAGCCAACUGUGGAGGAGCAGAAAGUUGAAAGUUCUCGAACAAAUCGGAUAUUUUCAGACGGAGCAAAGGGAUGGUUGGACGGAGAAAACUCUCUUGGAAAAAGGGAGUUUGUUUCGAACAUCCGAUGCUACGGACAGAAUUACAAUCCGACGCAAACCGAAAAGCCGAAAAAUACGAUGCAGAGCACGGCAGACGAACCUUUUUUCGCAUCAGAAAGGAGAAAGGACUCAAAUGAGAACGUGCCGUGACCGCAUAGUGUCUCCGCACUGAAUCGUGAAGAAAAAUCAAUUUCUGUUUUUGUUUUUUGUGAUGAGCCAAGAAAUGUUUUUUCACGACGAGAACAGAGAAAGAGAAAGAAGAAUUUCUCAUGCGCGAAACGAGUUCGAAAUUGAACAUUUCGAUUUUUCAUGAAAAACGCACAGUCUUUUG